AUGAAGGUCGAGGCUGGUUUAGAGGCGACCGACGAUCAGGCUUUGGCCCGCCUGGGCAAAAAGCAGGUGCUUAAGCGACGGUUUGGGUUCUUUUCGAUCGUCGGCUUCGCCAUGGCUGAGCUGAUCACAUGGGAGACUGUCCUUACUCUCUUUUAUGAAUCCGUGGAGAAUGGAGGCCCGGCUGGAGCUUUCUACGGGUAUAUAAUUGCUUGUCUGUCAACCUUGUCGACAUAUACUGUCAUUGCCGAAUUGGCUUCCAUGGCGCCGAUUGCUGGUGGGCAGUACUACUGGGUUUACAUGCUCGCUCCAAUGCGAUGGAAAAAAGUUUGCUCAUAUCUCAUCGGAUGGCUUACCUCCCUGGCAUGGAUCGCCACGAUCGCCACGGAAACCAUUUUUCUCGGCACCAUGAUUGAAGGACUGAUCACCUUGAACAACCCGGAUUUCGUUCAACAACGUUGGCAAAAUACCCUUUUAGCUUGGGCGAGUGUUGCUGGGACCUUCUUCAUCAACGUCGUUGUCCCGAAUAUUCUUCCACGCUUUGAGAUUGCCAUUCUGGUCUUGCACUUGGCUGGGUUCAUUGCUAUUACUGCCACGCUGCUGGCAAUGUCGCCUAAGAAGUCGGCCGACUUUGUUUUCCGUACAUCAUUAAAUGAUGGUGGCUGGCCAACUCAAGGUCUUUCGUAUUGUGUUGGCUUUAUCGGAAACAUUGCAACCUUUGUCGGUGCUGAUGCUAGUGUGCAUAUGGCCGAAGAAGUCGCCAAUGCCGCGACUGUGAUUCCUCAGGCCAUUAUCACCGGAAUGACUCUCAACAGUCUUCUUGGAUUCUCAAUGAUGCUCACGGUUCUGUACUGCCUGGGUGAUGUGAAGUCAGUAUUGGGUUCAUCUACAGGAUUCCCUUUCAUCCAAGUGUUCUACGACAGCACACACUCCUACACGGGAGCUUCAGUUAUGACUGCGAUCAUCAUGGUACUAACGAUGGCUUGCUCCACCGGUAUCACCACUACUGCAUCUCGUAUGACUUGGUCUUUUGCCCGUGAUCAAGGCCUGCCCUUCUCCCACUAUCUGAAAAGUGUGAACAAACACAGCAGAGUUCCUAUCGUAUCUGUCGCCGUAGUCUGCGGAUUUGCCUGUGCCCUGUCUCUUAUCUACAUCGGAUCCACUACCGCCUUCAAUGAUGUGAUCUCCCUAACCGUCACCGGAUUUUACAGCACCUAUUUUCUCCCAAGCGCCUUCCUUCUCUAUCACCGGAUUAAAGGAAAUGUUCUACCCCAUGGCACCAUGCUCGAUGGAAGUCACCCGGAUGCGCCCUCUAAUGCCCCUGAUAGUACAAAGGAAAAGCCUGCAGCCCUUGUGCAACCCAAAGAACCCGGCGAAGGGGUCCUCUCUAGCCCAAGUCCUGCCUCUAGCCCCGAACGCAACAAUUCGAACGAAGCCCAGCGCCCAAUGGAAUUUGAAAUUGCCCAAGCACCUCUUAUUUGGGGUCCCUGGAAAGUUCCCGGAAUAUUGGGAACCAUUAACAACGCGUAUGCUUGUGCGUACAUGCUCUUUGUUAUCUUCUGGAGUGUGUGGCCUCCACAGGCCUCUGUUGACUACUCGACCAUGAACUACAGUAUCGUCGUUACCGCCGGUGUUCUGAUUCUGAGCGGUAUUUGGUAUUUUGUUCGAGCUCGCAAAGAAUAUAAUGGCCCGCUUAUUGAUGAAGAGGUGGCUGAGAUCAUGCACCUUACUCCAGGAGCAGUGCGACCGAACUGA